AGACAGUGCUGCGAUAAAAGCAAACACCGCUAGCUGAAAUGUCUUGUUGGAAGCCAUUGUUCUCUGUAUUCUUGCUAAUAUUUUUUUCCAUAUCUCAAGCUUCUGUUCCUCCCUCCAAGCAGUUCAAGUAUGUCAAUGAAGGCGAAUUGGGCGAUAAUGGCGAUUACGGAACAGAAUAUGGUGGGAAUUACCGCAACCUUAGUAGUAUCUUCAACUCCCCAUUCCAACUUUGCUUCUUCAACACCACCCCUAAUGCCUUCACCCUAGCUCUACGUAUGGGCACGUUGAGGUCCUACUCGGUGUUGCGAUGGGUAUGGGAGGCUAACCGAGCCAACCCGGUUCGCGAAAAAGCCACGCUUACAUUCGGCAGCGACGGAAACCUUGUCUUGGCCGAUGCGAAUGGCCGGAUUGCUUGGCAAACCGGCACUGCCAACAAAGGUGUCGUUGGCCUCAAAUUACUCCCCAAUGGUAACAUGGUCCUUCAUGACUCUCGAGAUAAGUUCAUAUGGCAAAGCUUUGACUACCCAACUGACACUCUCUUGGUGGGACAGUCUCUUACGUCCAGAGGGCCCACUAAACUUGUCAGCCGGGCUUCUGCUGCAGGCAACAGUAAUGGGCCUUACAGCUUGGUACUUGAGCCCAAAUGGGUGGCAAUGUAUUACAAGAGCAUCAACUCCCCUACACCAAUGGUUUAUUUUACAACUUUAAAGCUGUUUAGUCUUACAAGUCACAGUUUCGCGUAUGUGAAAUUUAGUUGUGUACCAGAUUAUGGUGAUACCUAUUUCCUACAAUUCGAUUUCAAAGUGAGUGAUGGAGGGCUAGGGAGCUCCAAUUGGGCUAGGCCCAACUACAAUGCCACGUUAUCGUUUGUCAGGUUGGAGAUGGACGGAAACCUCAAGUUUUACACUUACAACGCCAAGGUGGACAAUCGAGCAUGGGAGGUGACCAGUACCCUAUUUGACAAGCACUCCAUAAUCGAAAGUGAGUGCCAGUUGCCGGAGCGGUGCGGGAGAUUUGGGCUUUGUGCGGACAACCAGUGUUUUGCAUGCCCCAAGCCCAAUGGGUUGGUGGGUUGGACCAAGGAUUGUGAGCCCGAGAAGGUCACCUCUUGUGGGGUGAAUGAUUUUUACUACUACAAAAUAGUAGGGGUGGACCAUUUCAUGAGUACGAAGUACACAAAGGGAGAUGGGCCCAUGAAGGAGAAUGACUGCUCGAAUAAAUGCACAAAGGAUUGCAUGUGUUUGGGCUUUUUCUAUCAUCAAGACACUUCUAUGUGUUGGAUUGCUUAUGACUUGAAGACUCUUUCAAAAGUCGCCAAUUCCAAACAUCUGGCCUACAUAAAGGCACCCAAACGCUAAUCAGGCCCAAUGGGCCUCUUUUGGGGAUUUAGUUUUCGGACGUGAAUAAAGGAAAUAAUUUUCUUUUCGUAACAAGUCUUGUUUUUAUUUUGUACGGAGUUGCAAAUGUUUUCCUUUACCAAAAAUGGAAUUUUAAUGUGAAAAAACUACUGUAAUGGUGCAAAUGUA